ACCUCUUCUGGUCUCAGCUUUUUCGCUUUCUUGGCCUCGUGAUACCUCUCUCUUCUUUCUCUCUCUACAGACGCAGAGGCUCGCUUUUGUCUCUUAUUUCCAACGCAGUACUCUGUAGCCACUAGCCACUCUCUCUUACUCUUCUCUCUCUUGCGGUCUUGUGUGUGGUCGCUUCCAUGGCUUCUCACCGAAGAACUGCUUCUCUCAUAGUCCAAAACCGCCAUCAUAAACCACCUCUGAGGACAAAGUAAUAAAGACAAAGUCUCCCUGUUCUUGGAUUUCCUCUAAUGGCAUUGUCCUUCGUUUCUGGUUUCGUUGUACUUUGGUUCUCCAUGCUAUUGCUACUGGGUAUGCAAGUUGAAUCGGAGCCAACUGCAGACAAGCAAGCUCUCUUAGCGUUCAUCUCUGGAGUUCUUCAUGCGAAUCGGCCUCAAUGGAACCAGUCGGUUUCUGUCUGCAACUGGGUCGGAGUCGAAUGCGACGACAAUCAGUCUUAUGUCUCCACUCUUCGUCUCCCAGGUGUUGGCCUUGUUGGUCAGAUCCCACCUAACACCCUUGGCCGUCUUUCACAGCUCAGAGUUCUUAGCCUCCGCUCGAAUCGUCUCUCCGGACAGCUACCUACGGAUUUUUCUCAGAUGAAGCUCCUGCGCAGUCUCUACCUCCAGAACAAUCUCUUCUCUGGUGGGUUUCCUUCGAGCUUGACUCGAUUGACUAGGCUUACAAGGUUGGACCUUUCGGUCAAUAAUUUCACCGGCGACAUACCCUUCUCCGUCAACAAUCUCACCCACUUGACUAGGCUUUAUCUACAGAACAAUCGGUUCUCUGGGAAUCUGCCAAGCAUUAAUCCCUCCGGUUUGACGGAUUUCAAUGUUUCAAAUAACAAUCUCAACGGCUCCAUCCCUCAUACGCUGUCCAAGUUUCCAAAUUCGUCUUUCACCGGUAACAUAAAUCUCUGCGGCGCACCGCUGAAUCCCUGCAACCCAUUUUUCCCCUCUCCGGCACCGUCUCCCUCUACGAAUACCCAAGGAAACAAGGCUAAGAAAAGCUCUAAAAAGCUAUCCAAAGCAGCAAUCAUCUUGAUUUCUGUCGGGGCAGGCAUAAUCCUACUCCUUUUGCUUCUGAUUCUUCUACUUUGCUUGCGAAAACGGCAGCGCCGGGAGGUAGCGAAGCCCAAACCGGCGCCCCGUACGGUGGUUGCGGAGGCGGGCACUUCAUCUUCAAAGGACGAUAUCCCAGGUGGGUCAGGCGAAUCGGAAAGAAACAAGUUGGUGUUCUUCGAAAGUGGGAUUUAUAGCUUCGAUUUGGAGGAUCUACUGAGAGCAUCAGCAGAGGUUUUAGGUAAAGGAAGCGUGGGUACAUCAUACAAGGCCGUAUUAGAGGAAGGAACAACAGUAGUGGUGAAGAGAUUGAAGGAUGUCGCCGUCACUAAGAAGGAAUUCGAGUUGCAGAUGGAGGUCCUGGGCAAAAUUAAACACAAUAAUGUGGUCCCCUUGAGAGCUUAUUACUUCGCCAAGGAUGAGAAGCUUCUCGUCUCCGAUUUCAUGCCUAAUGGAAGCUUAUCUUCCCUUCUUCACGGGAGUAGAGGAUCGGGUCGUACACCACUGGAUUGGGACCACCGGAUGAAGAUAGCUCUGAGCGCCGGGAGAGGGCUGGCCCACUUGCAUGUUUCCGGGAAGGUUGUGCACGGCAAUAUCAAGUCUUCCAACGUACUUUUAAAGUCGGAUCUGGAUGCAUCUGUGUCGGACUUUGGGUUAAACCCGUUGUUUGGAACUUCAACGCCGCCGAAUCGGGUGGCGGGAUACCGUGCGCCGGAGGUGGUGGAAACUCGGAAGGUGACAUUCAAGUCUGACGUGUACAGCUUUGGGGUUUUGCUUCUGGAGUUGUUGACUGGGAAGGCACCUAACCAAGCGUCGUUAGGAGAAGAAGGGAUCGAUUUGCCGAGGUGGGUCCAGUCGGUGGUGAGGGAAGAAUGGACGGCUGAGGUUUUCGAUGUGGAAUUGAUGAGGUACCAUAAUAUUGAGGAGGAGAUGGUGCAGUUGCUUCAGAUUGCUAUGGCUUGUGUGUCGACGGUGCCAGAUCAACGGCCUGAUAUUCGUGAUGUGGUGCGUAUGAUGGAGGAUAUGAAUCGUCCUGAUACUGAUGAUGGCAUACGGCAGUCGUCUGAUGAUCCUUCCAAGGGAUCUGAAGGUCAAACGCCUACUGCUGUUGCCACACCAUAGUAAAGCCAAGCCACCCGGGUCUUUUCAUUUCCGGGUAAACCCGGAAAAAAAAAAAAAAAGGAACCAAACUACCAAAUCAAGCGUUUGAUGCGAUUUGUUGUUGUUUUUUAUUUUAUUUUAUUUUAUUUUUCUCUCUCUUUGGUUAGCCCUUUUUAGGGGUUCUUUUAGAUCAUCAAUGAUUUUUACAGUGCUUCUUAAGUGAUUUUUUUUUUCCUGUUAUUUGGGAGUUGUUGGAUGGAUUAAGUUGGGGUUUUUGUUGUUAAUUAUUUUUUGAUCUCAUUUAUAAUUGUCUGUAAUUCUGUUCAUUAGUCAAUUUGCAGUUCUUAGUAAA